AUGGAGCCCUUCAUGCGUCCGCGGAAUCAGCGUCGGGUGCUCGGAGAGCAACAUGUCAACACGGACACCACACCCCUCUUGGACCCCCUGAGGACUACGGAGCUCCAUCCACCGUACUACGGGGUUCAGGCGCUUGAGCACAUGUCUACGACCAUAGCCUUAGAUGCAAAUGGACGCGGUGCGCUUCUUGCACAAGCACGCGAGAAAGAGCUCGAACUACAGGCUAUGUACGCGCUGUUGAACGCUGGGGCACCUAUCAACCGACUACCCGUCGAACUGCUCGUCGAGAUCUUCAACCAUAUUCAGGGAAUGGACCUCUCGCGCGCGUUUUUCUGGACCGAUAUCCUUCGCGUCUGCAGGCAUUGGUUCGUUGUCGGUUCGACGGCCGCGAAGCUCUGGAAGAACCUCAAAGUCACGGGCAGCACGAACCUAUUGCGCACCGGUCUAGCGCGCUCAAGAGGCGCGGAGGUCACCAUAGAGAUGAUGAAUCUUUUCACUCAUCCCCUUCCCGAAGCCGCCCCCUUCGUCGCGCCCCACCUUCAUCGUGUGCGUCGCCUCAGGCUCUGGAAGAUCCCAGCCGAUACCGUGCCUGCACUAGUCCAGUUCAUGGACAAUGACAUGCCCGCGCUGCGGUGCUUCUUUGCCCAUAUCGAUCCGCAAGCUGCUGAAUUGAUCCUUGACUUUUCUCCCGCACGCUUUCCUCGGCUGGAGGAGCUCAGGGUCUCGCGCAUCCACAUCUUUGGCGACCUCUCUGUCUUCGCGCAGCUGCGAAUUCUCAGUCUCACCGGCUGCGUCCGCAGCACCCCCAUGUUGAAGACUGCGACCUUCCUGGACGCCCUGCGCCGCAUGGAGAACAUCGAAGAACUCGUGUUGUCCAACAUACGGGUCUGCGACCUCGGCAGCGCAUCGCCAUUCGCGGGCAUGGACAGUGUGGUGCUAAGCAAAUUGCAGAAGUUUGCCGUGACUAAUACAGAAGGACCGCUCAUCAAGCAAUUGCUCUCCAUGAUCACUCUCCCCGCCAGCGCCACCAUCUCUUUGAGUGCCCCCCAACAGGGCGAAACACUCGCGGGGAACACCGCGAACAUCAACGCGUUCCUUCCCAAGGAUAGACGCUGUCUACCCAUCCUCACCACCAUCGUAGAGGCGCACAUUGUCAUGUUCUCCGACGUCCAUUGUGUCGAAGGAUACACGACCACACCAGCUCCAAUUACGAGUGACGGCGCUUCUCUCGACUUGAGGCUCGAUGUGCCCGACGACGGCUUCGGCGAUGACUUAAACGUCGGCCCCGAGGACGUCAUCGAGGUCCUCCGCGACUCGCCGCUGGAGUACGUCACCAUCGAGGUCAGCUCCGCGGUCGUCUCCCAGGUGAACUGGCGAGACUUCUUCGCGGCGAACCCGACGUUGCGCGUCCUGGAUCUCGUUGUAUCCGAAGACACCCUGCUCGUCUCCUUCGACGUGAUCUUCUCGGCGCUGGACCCCGGAGAUGCGCCGGCGCCUGCAGCCCACGGCGCAGGGGCCGACGCAGGCCCCAGCGCGGACAUGGUGCUCUGUCCGAAGCUACGGUCCUUGCGUUUGUACGGGCUGUCCGCGACCCCAGCCACGCUCUUGGAUACCGUGUCAGCAAGCCUGGAGAACCGACGUCGCAAGCUGGGGAAGCCGGGCGAGCACGCGCUCGACGAUCUUGUGUUGGGCCUGGUGGACCAUCCCGAUGAAUUGGCCUUCCAAGAGCAGCACCUCGCUUUCUCGGAGCGGUUGGCGCCGCUCGUUGGGGUCCUGGACUUCCAUACAGGGGAGGCCAGUUGGUAG